GGGCGGCCCGCGGAGUGGGCGGGGCGCAGGGACCGCUGGCUGCCCCCGUCUCCGCGCCGGAAGGCUGACUCCACGCUCGGCGACCAUGACUGCGCAGGCGGCCCUGCGGCGCGGCGCCCGUCCCCUGCUGCGCAGGCUGCUGCAGGAAGUAAGACAUGUGGAACGAAGUUAUGUAUCAAAGCCCACUUUGAAUGAAGUGGUCAUAGUAAGUGCGACAAGAACACCCAUUGGAUCCUUUCUAGGCAGCCUUUCUUCUCUACCAGCCACUAAACUUGGUUCUAUUGCAAUUCAGGGAGCCAUUGAGAAGGCAGGGAUUGCCAAAGAAGAAGUGAAAGAAGUGUACAUGGGUAAUGUUCUACAAGGAGGUGAAGGACAAGCCCCUACAAGGCAGGCAGUGCUGGGCGCAGGCUUACCUAUUUCUACUCCAUGCACCACUGUGAACAAAGUUUGUGCCUCAGGAAUGAAAGCCAUUAUGAUGGCCUCUCAGAGUCUUAUGUGCGGACAUCAGGAUGUGAUGGUGGCAGGUGGCAUGGAGAGCAUGUCCAAUGUCCCCUAUGUGAUGAACAGAGGGGCAACACCAUAUGGCGGGGUGAAGCUUGAAGACUUGAUCGUAAAAGAUGGGCUGACUGAUGUCUACAAUAAAAUUCAUAUGGGCAACUGUGCUGAGAUUACUGCAAAGAAGCUGAAUAUUGCACGAGAUGAACAGGAUGCUUAUGCUAUUAACUCCUACACCAGAAGUAAAGCAGCAUGGGAAGCUGGAAAAUUUGGAAAUGAAGUUAUUCCUGUCACAGUGACAGUAAAAGGUAAACCGGAUAUAGUGGUGAAAGAAGAUGAAGAAUAUAAACGUGUUGAUUUUAGCAAAGUUCCAAAGCUGAAGACAGUUUUCCAAAAAGAAAAUGGCACAGUAACAGCGGCCAAUGCCAGCACGCUGAACGACGGGGCAGCUGCUGUGGUUCUCAUGACCACAGAUGCGGCCAGGAGGCUCGGUGUUACACCCCUGGCAAGAAUAGCAGCAUUUGCUGAUGCUGCUGUAGAACCUAUUGAUUUUCCGAUUGCGCCUGCAUAUGCGGUACCUAAGGUUCUUAAAGAUGCAGGAUUGAAAAAAGAAGAUAUUACAAUGUGGGAAGUAAAUGAAGCCUUUAGUGUGGUCGUACUAGCAAACAUUAAAAUGCUGGAUGUUGAUCCCCAAAAAGUCAAUAUCAAUGGAGGAGCUGUUUCUCUGGGACAUCCAAUUGGGAUGUCUGGAGCCAGGAUUGUUAUUCAUUUGGCUCAUGCUCUGAAGCAAGGAGAAUAUGGUCUUGCCAGUAUUUGCAAUGGAGGCGGAGGUGCGUCAGCCGUGCUGAUCCAGAAGCUGUAGCCCUCUGCGCACGGCAGCAGCCUGGGCGGGCGGGAGGGCCUGCAGUGAGGAGCAUGAGUGACAGCCCUGUCGGGUGGUACUCAAAGUCCUGUUUCAUUUUUUUACCAUUUUCUGUUUUAACUCCUUUUUAAAAAUAAAGAUCAAAUCCAAGACCUUUUGAAAUCUC